GGGGGAAGGGCUGGAGCGGCGGAUUGGAAGAUGGAGAAGUUGUCAGUGAGGAACAGUUGAUGUGUGUCCCAGGCGGAUGGAGAGAAUUCCUGCUGGUGGAGUUUCCCUGGUGCCAGGACCGAUGCCUGCCUCUUCAGCCUCGCUUCCAGCCGCUGACAGCAGCACUGGGCACUAUGACUUCUACCUCGGGCUUGCUCUUGCCAUUAGCUCCAGCAUCUUUAUUGGAAGCAGUUUCAUCCUGAAGAAGAAGGGACUCCUGCGCCUGGCUGGAAAGGCAGUGAUAAGAGCAGGACAGGGCGGACAUGCAUACCUGAAGGAGUGGCUGUGGUGGGCCGGGCUCCUCACAAUGGGUGUGGGAGAAGCUGCCAAUUUUGCCGCCUAUGCCUUUGCUCCAGCAACUCUGGUCACACCUCUUGGAGCCCUCAGUGUCCUUGUGAGUGCUAUUUUAUCCUCAUACUUUUUAAAUGAGCGGCUGAACCUUCACGGAAAGAUGGGCUGCGUCUUGAGUAUCCUGGGGUCGACGGUGAUGGUCAUCCAUGCCCCACAGGAGGAGGAGGUCGGGACCUUGGCUGAAAUGGUGGAAAAACUAAAGGAUCCAGGUUUCAUUGCAUUUGCUGUGUGUGUUGUGACCAGCUGCCUGAUCCUGAUCCUGCUGGUGACCCCACGCUAUGGCCAGAAGAAUGUCCUGGUAUACAUCCUCAUCUGCUCAAUCAUCGGCUCCCUCUCUGUCUCGUGCGUCAAGGGUCUGGGCAUUGCCAUCAAGGAGCUGUUUGCGGGUCACCGUGUGCUGUCGUCCCCGAUGACCUGGAUCCUGCUGGCCUUCCUGAUAAUCUGCAUCAGCACCCAGAUCAACUACCUGAACAAAGCCCUCGACAUCUUCAAUACCUCCAUCGUAACCCCCAUCUACUAUGUCUUUUUCACCACUGCUGUGAUGACCUGCUCAGUCAUCCUCUUCAAGGAAUGGUAUCACAUGACCAUUGACAACAUUGUGGGUACCAUCAGUGGGUUCCUCGUUAUUGUCCUUGGCAUCUUCCUGCUGCAUUCCUUCAAGGACAUCAGCUUCACCCAGACCACCCUUCCUCUGUUCCUCAGGAAGGCCAAGCCCGGAAUGGACCAGAGCCAGCUCUACCAAGCCCUGCCUAUCCAGGGGACGGAAAUCCCCAGCUGCCAACUCCAAGCCACCAAUGCAUAGCUUCACCUGGGAGCUUGGUUGGAAGGAUUUAGGGACUUAUUGAGCUAAACAGAGUGUUCAAAACACUUCUGGUUUCUCCACGCACAUUUAGUCAGCAUUCCUCCCAAGGUGGCAACUUCAGCUCACAUUCCCAAUCCUCUUCAUGGUCAGCUGGCACAAGUUGGCAGAGGUUCUCGAGGUGUGAUCCUGUCUCAGCUUAGGACAGCUGAAGAAGGUCUCGCCUGUUCCAGUUCACCAGCCACAGUGAGUGUCCUGUUACCCAGCACAAUUAGAGCAGUGGGGUAAAUAGAUGAGCCGUGUGUGUGUGUGUGUAUGUGGCUAUGAAGUAGUGAGCACUAGAGCAGGAUUGCAUUACUAUCACAGAUGCUGCUUUGUGUGGAACCAAGUGCAAGGCAAGCUAUCAUCUAAUCUUUGAAAUAUUGCGGCACAUCUUGACAGGGAGGGCAAAUAGAAUAAUCCAGGUAUUUCAUAUUAGUCACAGUGACAGAUUGAAACAGUCCAGCAACCUUGGGAUCUGACCAGUGCCAGACUACAGAAAACAACCCCCCCACGAUCUCUGAGCAGGAGAACUGUCCUUUAGGUACAGGACACUCCAUGGGUUAGUGAGGGUUCCGUUUCUGAGAACUGUCGGUAACGCAAAGUUUCCGUAAUUUGGAAACACUUGGCUGAUAUUGCAAAAGUUGCACUGGUACGUUAAUUAGGUACAGAUCUUAAUUAAUUUUAGAUCGUAUUUAGAAUUAGCUAAUUUGUACAGGUCUGUACUACAGAUCCAAGAGUUGCCAGACCAAAGUUUCCAGAUCAGUUUCAACUUGUGGAAAGAUUUCUCCCUCUGACACUAAUGGAACCAUGCUCUCCACCACAGUAGUCUGUGACUCAAUAUGUAGAACAGUUUAUCAUGAGCUUUACUCUGAUUCCAGUGCUAGACCUGCUCUACAAGUGCUUGCUGGAGCAGUGUAGAAGGGACUUUAUUCUGUAUUUAUUCUGUUGUAUGGGCUCAGGGUUGUUUUGUUCAUAAAGAGAUACAGCAUAGAAACAGGCCCUUCGGCCCACAGAGUCCACGCUGACCAUCAAACUCCCUGCCAUUUACACUAGUCCUACAUUAGAUCUUGAAUCCAGGUCUCAGGCAUUGAGAGGCAGCAGCUCUACUCACUGUGCAGAAACAUUAGGCUCCCACAAUGGGUUCUACUUUUAUCACUUCCAUGCAGUGAGGUGCUUUUAUAGGGGUGGGGGUAAGGGGGGGAGGGGGGGUGAUGCCAAGUUCCCCCAGAUUGUUUGUUGCUUUAAGUGCUUUUGUAUUCCAGCACGUGAACUUGCCUGGAGCUAGGCUGCUAAUGACCUGGACCUGCGGGUGUGACAAAUAUAUCCCAAGGCUUGAAUAGUUUAAGCCGUUGGAAAGUGAUCAGACCCAGUUGCUACUGAAAAACCACUUGUUUAGCACAACCUUUGUCCAAGCAGUAAAUGAAAGUCAAAAUAGUGCAGAAGCUGGAAAUCAGAAAUAAAAACAGCAAAUGCUGGAAACACUCAGCAGGUCAGGCUGCAUCUGUGGGAAAAGGAAGUUAAUGUUCCACCUCAGGGACCCUUAAUGAAACUGCUCUGACAUUUGGGCAAGUAUUGUUCUCCACCAACAUCAAAAGGGAGUACUGUCAGCCCGGGUGUAGAACUUGUACCACACACAAUUCUCAUUGCAGUCUCGGACACCUGUGACUUCGUCCAGCUACUGUUCUGCACUAACCUGCACUAACUGCUUUAAGUGACUGAAUAAUGCCUUGCACUAAAAUAUAUUUUUUCAAUGGUGAUCAUAAUCCUGUGGUGAGAGUUUUUAAUCACUUAUUUACGUGGGCAAAGGCAAAACAACAUGAUUGGGGGCUUCCCCUGGAUUUAGUAAAGCAAUUUAGUAAAGCCUGAGUCCACCUUUCAUUUAACUCUCCAGCCCAAGAAAUGAGUCAGCAUCACAGACAUCGUCCCAUUGUUGUAGGGGAAUUGCAGUUAAAGACCUUUGUCCCAUCACAUACGGAGUCUCAUCCAUCUCUGUGAGGGAAUGGCAGCCAAACACAAGACUGAACAGACUGAAUGAAUGAAUGUGAAACACCAUAUCAUUCAGUGAUACCGAUGCAGACUUUCUUCCUGUUCAUGGAUUGCGAGUUUACUUUUUCAAUAUGCCUUAGGCUUUUGUUUAUACACACGAUGUUGAUGUUACUGCCAAUACCAGCAUUUGUGCCCAGACUGAGGAGCCAGCUCAGUGGUGGAUCUGGAAUCAUAUACACACCCAGACUGGAAAUUCCUACCCUGAAGGACAGCAGUGAAUUAAACAAGUUUUUCCAACAGACCAGUACUUGCACAGUUACCAUUCUGAUACGAGCUUUUCAUUCACAGGAACUAACAGCAGUAGGGCAUUCAGCGAGAUCGUGGCUCAGCAACACUUUCACAGAAUCAGAACUGUAAACAACAGAAACAGGCCCUUUGGCCCAUCUCAUUCAUGCCCACUGGGAUGCCUAUCCAUGCUCACCAAGAUGUUGCAAAUGGUAUUAAGCUCUUCUGCACUCUAUCUAUUGCUGUCAUAUCCUUCCUGUGGUGUGGCAACCUUAACUGUGCUCAAUACUCAUGCGGUUUAAGCGGUGUUUAAAGCUGCAACAUGAUAUCCCAACUCUUACACUCAAUGCCUCAGUCAGUGAAAACAAGCAUACCAAUUGCCUUCUUCACUACCCUAUCCACCUGUGUCGCAGCUUUCAGGGACCAAUGGACUUGUAUCCCAAGGUCUCUCUGUACAUCGACAUGUCCCUGACAUUCACCUCAUGUCCUCCCUGCAUUUGACCUCAAGUGCAUUACCUCACACUCACUUGGAUUAAGUUCCAUCUGCCACUCUCCGCUCAACUUUCCUGCUGAUUAUGUCCCACUGCCACUUUAAUCAAUCUUCUU